AGCUGGCUCAACGGCUUGAGUGUUUACGAGUUCCUUUAUAGCAACCUUAACACUAAGUUGUAUGCCUAGCGAUGCGUUUGUUUUAGUUUAUUUUAAUCACGGCCCUUGCGCAAGGUUAAGGACAUUUGCAAACUCAAGACUUGUGCUAUGACAACCUCACAGAGGCACCAAGACCCCAAAGUAUCCGUGGGGUACAAAGAUAUGGAGUGGCAGACGCCAGCUGUGUCUGAGAAGUUCCAGAGACGCUUUGGCUGGCGCCCCAGUACAGCGGACAGUGGGGACACGGGGUUUGGUGCCACCCCCUCGGACAACUCUGAAGAUCUGUGCAGUUCCAGCAGCAGCUCUUCCUUCCAGCCCAUCCGCAGUCAGAUCCCCAUCCCCACCGCCCAUGUCAUGCCCUCCACGGCCGGCGCCCCGGCCUCCAAGCCGCAGCCUCGCUCCCUGCCCAAGGAGGAGCCGCAGGUCUCCUCGUCCUCCGCCUCCCGCAACUCCAGCUCCACGUCCAGCUCCUCGCUCUCCAAGUCGGCCUCGUCCCCCAACCUGGACGCUCAGGGCGCGGCGGCGGCGGCGGGGCUGGACGGCGGGGCUGGGGCCGGCGGGCCCAGGCCUGACUGCCUGAGCCGCUACCGCAGCCUGGUCAACGGCCUGGACCACUCGCUCUUCCCCGGCGGCGAGCACACGCGGCUGGACGAGCCGCAGCACUUCGACAUGCCCAACAUGGAGCCCACCCUCAACCAGUCCAUGCUGAUGGGAGGUCUCGGGGGCGCGGACAUGCUGCGGCCGCCGCUCACCGGCUUCAGGGACGGAGACAUGUACCGGCCAGCCCUAGAGCAGAGCUACAGGGUUCUCCCUGAGGCCCAGUCUGGACUGGCUAGCGGGUCGGCGGUGGACCCGUACGGGAUGAGGGGGCCCGGCAUGGGCGUCGGGCACCCGCUGGGUCUACAGAUGGGCAGCAAGGCGUACGAGCCGCUGCUGCAGGAGCGCUGUGCGGAGCUCAACAACUGGCAGCAGCUGGAGAACCUCCGUCUUCAGGUGGAACAGAUGCAGCUGUAUACCACAGGAGGCUGUCAGUACCCCCCUCUGUACCCGUCAGCUGCAUUGCACUCGGAUGGCAACAAGUGGGAAGCCUUAAUCAAGACCAACGAAAACCUGCUGAAGGAGAAGGAGAUGCUCAUCGAAAGGCAGAAGCAGCAGGUGGCUCAGCUGGAGCAGCGGCUGAGGGACAGUGAGCUGCAGGUCCACAGUGCGCUGCUGGGACGAGGAGCGCCCUACCCCGACGUGUGUCUGCUCCGCCUGCAGGAGGCGCAGCGGGAAAACGCCUUCCUGCGAGCCCAGUUUGCCGAGCGCAGCGAUGGCCUGGUCAAGGAGAAGGCGGAGGCGGAGCGGCACCUGGGUGCAGUGGAGGCCGAGACGCGACGCCUGACCGAGUCGCUCCGCGAGGGCACCGACAAGCACGCCGAGGAGCUGAAGAGGCAGGAGGAGAGGAUCCGUAACCGGGACAAGCACAUAAACAACCUGAAGAAGAAGUGCCAGAAGGAGGCGGAGCAGAGCCGCGAGCGGCAGCAGCGCAUCGAGACGCUGGAGCGCUACCUGGCCGACCUGCCCACCAUGGAGGACUACCAGGCCCAGAGCAAGCAGCUGGAGGAGGCCGAGCGGAGGGCAGAGCAGCUGCAGGCCACGGUGGAGGAGCUGGAGGCUAGAGUUGCGGAGUCCCGCUCAGCCACGCGGGACCGAGACGCUCAGCUGGAGGAGCAGAGAUGCAGGGAGCGCGAGCUGCUGAGCACAGUCACCAGCCUGCAGGAGCGUGUGCAGGAGGGCCUGGAGGAUGGAGCGCGGCUGCCGUCUCUGGACCUGGAGAAGCUGCGAACGGAGAACACGGCCCUGCGGGAGGAGCAGCACCGGCUGAAGAAGGUCAUUGAGAAGCAGUUGCGCAUGAUGGAGCAGCUGGGAACACAAAUUCGGACGCUGGAGGAUCAGGUGUCUCUGGAGGAGAGCAGUAGCCAGGCUCUGAGGGAGGAGCUGAUGGGGAAGGAGCAGGGUCUGCUCCAGCUGCGCACCGCCAUGAAGGAGCUGUCCUCCCAGAACCAGGACCUGUUGGAUCAGAACCUGACCCUGCAGGAGCACCUGGAGGAGGCGGACCGGGCCGGGUUUGGCUCGGGCGUGGGCCACGGCCGGGGGCCCCCGCAGGCGGCGAGCGCGCGCCUGACGCAGCGUCUGCACGGCGAGAUGGCGGCGUGCCUGGGCGACCUGCGCUCCCUCUGCAGCGUCCUCACCCAGCGCACACAGGGACAGGACCCCAACCUCUCCAUGCUGCUCGGCAUCGGCUCGCCGCCGCCGCUGCCUGACCCCUGUGAGGACUGGCUGAGCUCGGAGGUGCUGCAGAGGAAGCUGGCCGAGGCCCAGCAGCUGCGGCGCGACGUGGAGCAGCUCCGGACCACCAUCUCUGAUCGCUACGCGCAGGACAUGGGCGAGAACUGCAUCACCCAGUGAGCUGCCGCUCAGGGGCACUCCCCGAACCACGCACACACACACUCACACACACACACACACACACACACACGAGAGCAAGAACAAGAGCAAGAACAACCACCACCACAACAACAACCACAACCCUGCCAGACUCCUGCCUCCAGACUCUACACACAGGAUGUUGAAGAGAGCUGGUACACCCAGUGAGAUGCGCACACACACACACACACACACACACACACACACACACACACACACACACACACACACACACCUGAACACUAAACCCAAGCAUCUUUAUGUCUAGCCCUUUCUCUGUGUCCUCUGGGCAGCAUAUGAACAACAAGUGUCACAGUGGUGGGCUGCAGUCCUCACCACAUGCCACAGUCAUCACCACAUGCCACUCAGACAAGGACCGUGUAACGUGCACACACACACACACACACACACACACACACACACACACACAGGCAUGCACAGAGUAAUCACCUAAGCUAUGCUCAGCGCCUCUGCACAAAUCCCAGGACCCGGGCAGCCAUUGCAUCACCUCCGCAGACUUUUGAGCUCCAACUGACACCAUGUGGCACGAGCGCGCUUCUUCCGAGGAGAGGACCGGGGUACCGUGUGUUCACGGUGCUUUACCGUCAGAAGACUCCCAGUAUUGCCAGAACACUAAUAGCGUGCUUUUUUUUUUUUUUUUUUUUUUCCUUUUCUUUUUUGUAUAUGUGUGGAGUACUUUAGAUUCUCUACUUACGUUGCUGUCCUGUUCUUUGUGGUGUCAUCAUCAACACUAUAUUUAUUUUAAGAUGGGUCUUCCUCUUUGAGGGAAAAAACAUAUCUUUAGAUGCGGUUGACAAUCAACUGAAAUUGUGUGUCUCUUGCUGAACCACGGCAGUGCAAGUGUCCCUUAAGCUGGCGAUGCGCGGGGCAACGUCUUGAGUAAUGAUGCUGGGCAGCCACAUAACCAGUUCCAUUGAUUCUGAUUGGAUGAAUUGAUGAUUUGCCUACAGAUGAUUUUAAAGUUCUCCAGAUAAAUGAAAUUGUUGCCAAAUAUAAAUGGGGACAUUGGGAACGUUGCCCAGCAACAUUGCUCAAGAAGUUGCCCCAUGCAUCAUCAGCCUUAGUCACUGUUGUUUCAAAAUGUAUUAUUUAGCUUUGGACUCAGGAAGAGAGCGAGAUGGUUUAGGAGACUUUCAUUGGAUCGUUCUUAAACCAUGACUCUUGUCUAGGGAGUGGUGUUUUGUCAGGCCAUCAGGGACCCUGCCCUCUUUCUCCCUCGCUCGUUCUUUUCUUUCUUUCUUUCUUUCUGUCUGUCUGUCUUUCAUCCAUCGAUGCCUAACCAGCACAGCCUAUUGGUUGCAUGGCCAUCUCAACAGACACAAUGGUCUUGCUCAGAACAGUGCCUUCCUCUGACUAAAGUGUCCUCAUUUUCAACAUGAUCGCCCACAGACUGAUGUGCGACCCUCCGUAGCAAAAGUGAUGACUGAAACAAUCAUGUCCACCAAGGUUUUAUUUGCACAGCAUUUCAGAUGCUCCUGUUGGAAUAGACUGGCCUCUCUGUUGACUCUAGG